CCGAACUAGUUUACCCGUGCGAUAUAGUGUAGAGAACAAGAGUCGGUAGAAUGCGUAUAGUAGCGUCCCCUGGAGGGACUUGGACAAUUACAGUGCUGUGUUGUUUGUUUGGGUUAGUGGUUGGACAAUUUUCGAACAAUCCUUGCAUUCCGAAGUGUACUACAUACGAAGAAAUCAACACACUAUGGUUGACCGGAAAUGUAUGGCAGUAUUGGCAGUGUGAACCGAUCGACGGAAACGAGUGGAACCUUCGGUUGAAGACCUGUGCCGCCGGAACGGUGUUUGACUAUGCACAGCAGACGUGCGUUGAUCAGGACGUUGGCAACGAUUUUACGAGUUUGUGUGUUGAACGAAAUCCAGCAGAUCUGAUUCCACCGCAUGAAGAAUGGCUUGGAAUAUGUCCGGUUCCUACCUGCGUAACAUACCAGGAGAUCAAUACACUGUGGGCUAUUCCGGAUCCUGCUUACUUUCUGCAAUGUCGACCGGAUCCAACCGGAAUAUGGGUCCUGCAGCAGAUGCCUUGUGCUUUGCCGACACUGUUCCAUUUUGGUAAACAGAUCUGCGUUUCUCGAGACCAAUGGGAGGCUUGUGAUGGUCAGGUUGUACCUGAUGACAUAAUCACCACUGUCGGGCCACCCGUCACGACUGCCGCUCCUUCAAACCCACCUACCAAUGCACCAACGCCAGCUCCUACUCUUCCUCCACCGGUUACCACAAUCGCACCCACUCCUGCUCCCACUCCUGCUCCCACUCCUGCUCCCACUCCGGCUCCCACUCCUGCUCCCACUCCUGCUCCCACUCUUGCUCCCACUCCUGCACCCACUCCUGCACCCACUCCUGCUCCCACUCCUGCUCCCACUCCUGCUCCCACUCUUGCUCCCACUCCUGCUCCCACUCCUGCUCCCACUCCUGCUCCCACUCCUGCUCCCACUGCUGCUCCCACUCCUGCUCCCACUCUUGCUCCCACUUCUGCUCCAACGCUUCCUCCAAUUCUUUCCACUCCGGAAGACGAAUCCGAUUACUGCAUUCUACCGCGCUGUGAAACUUUUCAGGAGAUCAACACACUGUGGCCUUAUCCGGACAAUCACUUCUUCUACCAGUGCCGUCCUGCUUUCGGAGGCGGCUGGGUACCGCAACAGAUGCCAUGUGCUCCGGCAACAGUGUUCAGCUUCCACCAUCAGGUUUGCGUUUGGCCUGUUCAAUGGGUCGAUCCGUGCAUAGACGUAACCACAGAUAGUCCUACGGAAGGGCCAACGACUCCGGAUGAACCGGCAACUACGGUAGCACCAACGACUACGGUAGAGCCAACGACUACGGUAGAGCCAACGACUCCGGAUGAACCGGCAACUACGGUAGAACCAACGACUCCGGAUGAACCGACACAGCCGACCACGGCCGUCCCCAGCGAUAGACCAAUCCUUGUAGAUUGCCUGGUCCCGAAUUGCGUGUACCUUCAAAACAGUGAGCUUCUAUGGCCCACCAGAAUCCCGGAAGAUUUCUACCGCUGUAUAUUUCUGUUGGAUACCAUAUGGUUUGCCUUCCGGGAUCGCUGCCCGCAGGGAACCUACUUCAAUUUCAAUGAGCAAAGGUGUGCCGAUCCAUCCUUGUGGGAUGACGUCUGCGCGGAUGUUCCCGAAGACAUUACGACGACCCAGAUGACGACGGUUGCGGUGACGGAAGAUGGGGAAAUAGGUGACCCACUACCGGUUAUCUGCGGAUCACCGCGUUGCGAAACGACCGCGGAGCGAGAUAUUCGGUGGCCCAGCACCGUUGCCAAUCAAUUCUACGAGUGUGUAUGGGUCGAACGUUUCUUCCAGUUCAUUCCGUUCCCGAAGCGAUGCCCGAACUUCUUGCUGUUUGAUUUCCUCAAGCAGGACUGCGUAGAACCCCUCGAAUGGGUCGAUAUUUGUCCGAUCUUCCCAACGCUGCCACCAAGCUGUCCGGACUGUUGUCCUACCUGUCCACCAGCUACGGAGAGUCCAACGGAGGCUCCUACUACACCUCCCGUCAUUCCGGAGUGGAUGCCGGUUCCAAUAAUUUGCGGCCAACCACGUUGCACUACGCCUGUGGAGCAAGCUUUCUUGUGGCCUGCUGAAAACCCUCAGAAUUUCUAUAUGUGCAUAGAUACCGAUAACGGUUGGAUGCAGGCCACAUUGUUGGAUUGCGGUGCCGGUCAAUAUUUCCAAACCAUGGUACAAACUUGCGUUCCUGAAGUGGACUACGAUUGGACAUUCUGUCCAAUCUACCCACCACCUCCGCCGAUACCGACUGUUGCACCACAACCUUCCGGCUGCCGAACGGACUUCAACCCCAGCACCGUGUUUCCCAUUGUUUGCGAUAUGCCACGCUGUAUUACUGCAACCGAUCUGGCUACUCGCUGGCCGGCUACGCACAAACAAUUCUUCUACAUCUGCCAACCAUCUGGUGAUCACUUCGUCGAAACCUUGGUUCAAUGUGACAUUGGCUUUGAGUUUGACUUCUUCCGUCAAUGCUGCACCGACGAGCUGGUCAGCGAAGAAGUCUGCCCAAUCUACCCGGCCCUUCCGACAAUCGCUCCUAGCAUCCCGGUGAAGACCUGUGUAGACAACUACAAUCCUACCAGUAUCCUACCAGCAACCUGCGACCUUCCACGUUGCAGCACUUCACCCGAAGUUUCUGCAUACUGGCCCUCGGCUAACCCAUCGAAGUUCUACGAAUGCGAACUGCAGUUAUUCGGUUCGCACAUCCCAUCGCUCAAGGACUGCCCGCAGGAUACGACGUUUGACUUCUUCCGUCAGUGUUGCACCUCAACGCCGGUUCUUUCGCCGGAAGAAGUCUGCGCGCUCUUCAUCGAGCCACCUGCCACGGUUCCGCCCAAAUCUGAGGUCGCCUGCGACCAACCUCGGUGCGAUACCGACGAAGAUCGCAGCUUCCUAUGGCCGUCGGCUGAUCCGAGCGUUUUCUACGGCUGCGAGGAAUUGUGGGAUGGAUCCUUAUGGCCGCAGAUGUUCAUCUGUCCGUCGGAUCUGGUGUUCCUGGUGCAGAAGCAGCUCUGUGGUGAAGUCUCGCUACACCAGAACACCUGCGGAUCGGUUGAUGUUCCGCAGCCGGAACUGGAGCCUCCAGCGGAGGAUACACCCAUCUUGACGCUUCCUCCGUGGUUGUCAUGA